GAAGAACAUAUCAAGAAUCUUGAAGAGAAGCACGCCCGGGACUUGCAAGAGCAGCAAGAGUCUUUCGAUCAGAAGAUGAUCGUGGAGGAUCAGCGGUACAAGAAGCUGGAGAAAGACCUGGAGCGGGAGAAGCAGGAGUGGGAGACGCAACAUGCUGCCCUUCUUGCAGAGCACUCUCAAGUCAUCGAUCAGAUGAAGCAGGAUGCGGAGAAGAUCCAGAGGGCAAAUCGGGAUACCAUGGACAGGAUCAUCAAGGAGAAGGAGGUGGCUUUCAAACAUCACCAGGAAACGCUUGCCCAACUGGAACGGGAUGCUGAUCGCGAGAUUGAGGAGCUCAAGGAAAUGUAUGAGCAGAAGCUGGCACAGGAGAAGGACGACAAGGUUCGUCUCAGAGGCCAAGCAGGAAUUCAUCAGAAGCACCACCAUGACUUGAACACGGACAUGAUGAAAAAAGAGGAGGAGGUCCGUAAGAAGGCAGAAGAGAGCCGUAAGGCUGAGGAGAAGAUCUUGGGCCUGAUGAAGGACAAGGACUCCAACGAAAAAGAAAUCAAGGAGCGAGAUAAGACCAUCCACGACAAGGAACAGCGCAUCUUCGAUCUCAAGAAGCA